UGGAGCGGCGUCAGCGACGGUCUGUCUCUCGCGCGCCAGUCAGCCCCGAGCGCUCGACUUGCGCUCGUUGUUGCGGAGUAGUUGCGCGUACUGAGUUCCCUGCUGCUCCGCUCCGCGAAUUCAUAAACGUGCAUAGUCGUGCAUGCUCGAUCUUGCGCUGCAGCUCUCGUGUCUCUCGGCGGGCCUGUGCAGUGUUCGUGCAUAAAAUACUAGUGGUGGUGGUAGUAGUAGUAGUACGUUGUAGCAUUCGUAUAGAGAGAGAGAUAGCCGGAGAGGUUUUAGAGAGAUAAGCCAGUGCUUUUGUGUCUAUGUGCCCGUGUGUGCGGUGCAGUUGUUUUGAUCCGUGCCAAACAUGACACGAUGAUAGAGUGCCGGCGUCGCGGCUGCUCCCGUUCCUGCUCGUAUCAUCGGCGUCGUUUAAAAGCCAAACAGAUCGAGAGGGAAGUAGCAGUAGCAGCAGCAGCAACAGAACCAACAGUCAUAGUCGAGAGGAUGAGCGUCUGACAGCCAACAAAGGGUUCCUUCGUUCGUGCCAGCUGAAGUAACGAUGAAUCCUGAAAAUGAGGAACAAAAGCCAGUACCGCAAACGCUGUGCGGAGCCCUGCAGAAAGAGGCCAACUGCAAGUGCCUCGUGCUCUCGGUCCUGAUCUACGGCUGCCUGGCCGCCGUCACCUGGUGCAGAUGCGCCAACGUAACCAAGAUAGUUUUUAAUUUUACAACGUUUCCAAUCAAGAGCACAAAACACGUUUCACCCUGCGAAGAUGGAUACAUUUACAUUCCUGUGGCGUUCAUGGGUAUGCUGUACCUGGUGUACCUCGUGGAGUGCUAUCACUCGCCGAUACGCAUCGACCUGCUGCACGCCGAGAGCCAGAGCGGCGUACUGGCCAGACUGACGCAGCUGAGACUGGCCCAGCCCACCAUCUGGUGGAAGGCCAUCUCGUACCAUUACGUGCGCAGGAAGCGCCAGGUCAUGCGCUACCGCAACGGCGAUAAUUUCACCACUACGCAGGUAUACUACGAGCGAGUCAAUUCUCACGCCGCGACGUCGUUUUACUUUUACGACUACUGCGGCUCGAAGGAUAUCAGCAAGGAGCUGUUGCUGGACCCGAAGAUACCCAUCACCAAGAUUACCCUGUCCAAGGGCUUCGCCUUCUCGAACGUGCGCUCGGCCACCGAGUUCGAGGAGGCGAGGUCGAGAUUCUUCGCCGAGCAGGAGUUCCGAGACGACUACAUGGAGAUGCGCGAGGGCCUCGACCUCGGGGUGAACUUCAGCCCGGUGACGCUGGUCUCGGUGCUGGGCAAUCCCUGGUUCACGCGCUCCUACGUGUACUGGUGCCUUAGCGCUCUGCUGCUCUCCUGGCCGCUGCGCAUCAUCAUCGAGUGCAACACGCAGUACGUCAACUACCAGGUGACGAAGCUCUUCGGCGUCAAUUACGACACGCCGACCAACAUACAGAUACACACGUCGGCCUCGCAGCUCUCGGCGCCGGGCUCGUACAUGCUCGCCCCGUCCUACAGCGAGGCCCUGCUCAUGGAGCCGGCGGCACCACCUCCCCAGGCAGCUACUGCUGCUGCUGCUGCUGCUACUGCAGCUACGGUGGAACAACAGCAAGCGGCGGCGACAGCGAGCAACCAAGUACCCUCGGAUAUGGUACCGAGCUACUCGGAGGCGCUGCUCUAUCAACCGGUCGUCGACAUCGCGAAAACCAUUGCGGCCACGGGAUGCGAGUGUCCGUGUCACAGCCUGGGAGCAGCGACGAGUACUGUUUCCUGCGCGUCCAACGAGAGCUUACAGAUUCCUACAUCUUCGAGAGACGAGAGCUCCGACCUACCGGGAGAUUCGCGAGCGGGCAGCUCGAGUCAGCAGCAACAGUCGGCCGAAUCCAACGCUCGCAUUUGUAAUGACUGCCUCGGCGCUCGGCCUCAACGUACGGCAACGACGGACCAUAAGCGACGGCGCAUCGGCCGCGACUACUCCGAGCCGGAUCUGCGACGGAGCGCCGAACUGCUGCUGCUGGCCGAACUGGUCAACAACGCCACGAGGUGCAGCGGUCGGAGCUUGGAGAACAUCGUCGAGAACGUCGCAGAAGAGUCGUCUCUCGAGGCGUCGGGCAGCGACGGCCCGGCAAUCGUCCCGAUCAAUCCACCGGGCGAGAGUACGGGCGCCAUACCGAAGCAGCGCCCAAGACUGCAGGCCAAUCCGCUGGCCAACGAGCGUCCGCUGCCCAGCUCGGCCAGCAGCAGCGCUUACCUGUGCUUGAGGUCGAUUCUCAAACAGAAUCGACGCAAGUUCAAUCGGGAGACGUUGGAGGAAUUGCAGAGUCUCACGCGAUCGGCUGCCGAUGACGAUAAUGGCAACGACGACGACGAAGACAGCUGUGAUUGCACGGGAUGCAGAAGUGACGCAUCGGCGAUCGAGAGGCCGGACUCGUUGAUGAUCAACAAUAUCCAAAGACUGCCGAGUUGCCAGUUCUCGGUCAGGAGGGAAAAUUCCAGAACAUUAAUCUUCGCCAGUCCGAUCCAAGUGGUCUGUCCGACGGAUCCGUUCGGCGGCCGGAAUCUAGUCCAAAGCGAUCAGCCGCCCAACUACGAGGAAGCUCUAAAUCUGCCCGUUUUAUCGAACGCGAGACGAUCCCUCGGCGCCGCGGAGAGCGCCGAGCAACAAUCGUCGUCGUCGUCGUCGUCGUCGUCGUCGUCAGUCCCGAUCUCGGUGGUGGUCACGUCGUCGGGGCCUCGUUACACCAGCGUCAGCGUCGCGUCGACCUCGUCUCAAAGCACUGGGCCCAAAGCGCCUAGUGCCAAUAGGUCUUGGAAUCAAAGCCGAGCCACCAAUACGGAACAGGGACCCAUCAUUGUCAAGGACGACACGAGGGUAGCCGUAAUUCGAAGCACGUCGACUCAGCGAUCAGCCGUCCGAAACGCCGAGACGACAGCCAUCUCCCUGCCGACGUCGAUCGACGGCCUCACGAUGCCACCGGACUCGCGCGCCUCGAGCUCCACGAUCACGACGGCGAGUCAAACUAACGGCGGCAACGUCGAGGUCGCCACUGCCGCAACGAGCACGAGCAAAGGAGCAGCAGCAGGAGCCCCGAGCUCCACCUCGCACGGGCCUAGCGAUCCGACCAAGGGUAAGACGAAAACGCGCCUGACGAGAUCGCUGACGGAGAGGCGGCCGUCGGGCAACUCGACGCACGAUCAAUCUCGUCGGCGCAAUCCAGCUCUGAGGAACAGCUUCACCGAGAGAAUCGACACGGGCACUCGAGUGCCCGGCAUCAAGCGCAUGAAUAUUAAUAUCGAGACGUCGCUCUGAGCGGGCGAGUAGCAACUAUCCGAUCGAGCGCAGAAACCAAAUAAAAGACGAGAAAAAAACAAAUUUUUCAAUGAAAACGAACAAUUAGGCUGUACUACGGUGGCAACGGCACGUGCUAACAUAAUUAUGUGUAAUUUAGUCCAAUAAUAUAAAUAUGUAUACGCACGGAUAUAAUUGCAUGUAACGAUUAAUGUAAUAAAUUUAUCCAGUUAGUCGUAAAUGAGCUUAUACGGGGUUUCAGUGGGCAAUUAGACACACCCGUCCACGGUAUGUGUCUGCUUGCGCGUUUAUAUAUAACAAAAAAUAGGGUGUAAUUAAUUAAUUAAUUUUGGCAUCGGAAAUCUGCCUUAUUGAUGUUUGAAUGUAACUGUAUGAAUAACUAUUUUGAAAAAAGCCUUCUCUCUACUGUCCGCAGUACGCCACUUACAUUCGAUCACCUACAGCUUUGCCAUCACAUAUUUUUGGUUGAUGUACCUUCUAUUAUUCUAAGUAAAAGAGUGAGAAUUUGAGCUUUUUCAAAAUAAUAUACAUUCGUGCGUCUGAAAAUCGCUUAUUCGUUAAAAGUCGUGAAUUCAGCGACAGUGUGAUACAAAUAUUUUGUUACCGACCGGUUCGUUAUGUUUUUUGAAAUGUAUUCGUUUUUGCCUUACCUUCGAAAUUCAUCAUUUAUUUCUAAAAAUAAAAUAAUUCUGACUGUGUAACUGCUACGCCAAAACUUGCAGAAUUCUUUUUUUGCCACAGUAUGCGGUAUGAUUUAGCAUACUCUUCAUGUGUAAUGUUACUGUAUGCGCACUUUCUCUCCCGCAGUGUCUUCUUUCUUCGAUUACUUCACUGCUUUUAUCGUAAUAUUAACAUUAAUGUAACUUCAGUAAUUUUUAAAAUAAUAUUUAUACGAUGUUCGUAUUACAAAUAUACAUGACGAAAAAAAAUCAUCCCAAACGAAAAUUAUUGAAUAAUUAAUGACUGCGGCAUUGUACUGUAUAAUGCAUAUUAUAAAUUAAUCGAUAACCAAAUCGAAGGUAAUUUCGUGCUAGAAUUUCAUAAUUGAAUAUUUCAAAGGGUCUCAACGUUUCUAUUUACAUGAGUAAGUUUAAAUAUUGCUGUAAAACCAUUACCGUCGGAUUGAAUUUUAUGGAUAGAAAAAAAUGAAUCAACUCGUCAUCGACCUAUGGGCUAAGACUCUAUACAUUAAUUCUCUGAAGGGUGAAAUUGGUAAUAUUUCAUUAUAGCGUUCAUUUUUACGAUAUUUUCGCAAUGCGAAGACAAUGAUACGACAAUGAUUUAUUCUCUGAAUUACGAUUUUCUUGGUCCUCAAACUUCAACGAUAAAAAAUUAUUUUUCUAUAUACAAUAGACCGCUGAUAAACGGUUUCAAUAAUUCUUUGUCAUUUGCCUUCCGUGCAGGCUCGCAUAAAAAAAGAAAGGAAUUUGAAACAAAACACUAGUAUACCAAAGUAUACGUAAUUACGCUUGAAUCAUGCCAAUACUACCUAGUAAGAUAUAAUAACGAAAAAUUUGAGGCCAAAUAAAAAAAUACGUGCGAUUUUCAUGUAAUAUUUAAGAAUGAAAAAAUUACUUGAGUUGCGCCAUGUGUUUUGUAGAAAUUCUAACAAUGGUUGUAUGGAUUUUAUCGCUUCGAAACAAUUGUCACAGUACAAUUUUGAAAGUAAUCAUCUGUUUGUAAAUUAUGUGAAAAUUCGAACUUAUUAUAACGAAUGAUAAUGAGACUUAAUGCAUCCUUUGAGUAUAUUAUAAUGUGUAUAUGAAAAUGCUACCUCAUUCUAUGUCCAUAAUCGCCCGUGUAAACCUUAAAUUGUGCGCAGUAUAUUCUAUUUUCAUUAAAAAUGUAUAUUGUGAAUUGCGCGACACGACUGCAUCCAUUAUGAAGAUCAGAACUCAAGUUUAAUGAAUUGUAUCAUACACGAUUAUAAUUUGUUACGGGAACCCGAGCACUAUUAUAGUUACAUUAGAUUGAAAAUUUUUCGACCUCGCGAAUUUCUAAAAAGUAUUUCGAGUUCGAUAAAAUAAGAUAUAUACGUUGUAUAUGUGCGUCUGUUAAAAUCCAAACAACGACAAAAAAUAUGCAAAACAUAAUUGAGUAUCAGAGUCGAAAAACAAAAAAAACCAAAAAAAAAAUAACACAACUUAUGCCGUCUGAAAUAAGUGCUCUUGUACGAAUUCAAGCCAAAAUAAUGGAUAAACUUAAAUUUUUAUUUGCGUAAAAUAAUUUAAAAUAGUCGCGAAGAGAAAAAUUAAUUUUGACUUCCGUUGUCGCAAAUAGGCAAGAGCAUUACAUUGAACUUUGUUACUUUGUACAAAAAAUAUUUGCGUUUCAUGAAUAAUUCAGGCAAAUAAAUUAUAAAUCAACAAUUAUUACGAAUAAUUGUAGUUAUGAUUAUUCUAAUAAAUUGCGUCAGCAUGUGAAUAAAAUAUGGUUUACACAUGAUAAUAAAUGUUAUAUAAAAACAA